AGAGAAGCCUAGACCCUUCUCCACAGAGAUAGUGAAGGCCUUAUUCAUCUCACGAAGGGUCAAGAUUGUCCAAUACUAGAUCCGACGGAUAAUAUUUCUCCGCCUUCACUAUAAAGACCGUCUCGAGGAAGUUUAUGAACCCUCUUUGCCGCCGCUGGUUAGAUCGUGGUGAAGAAAGAGAGGAAGACCGAGUUAAAUCUCGGCUUUUGGAGCGCUUCUAGGUUUCGAGGAGAUGGUGCUUCCGAACGAUAUUGAUCUGCUUAAUCCCCCGCCCGAGCUUGAGAAGAGGAGGCACAAGCUCAAGCGGCUCGUGCAAUCCCCUAAUUCAUUCUUCAUGGAUGUGAAGUGCCAGGGAUGCUUCAACAUUACUACUGUGUUCAGCCACUCGCAGACCGUUGUGGUCUGUGGGAACUGUCAGACCGUGCUUUGCCAGCCGACCGGGGGACGUGCGAGGCUGACCGAGGGCUGCUCCUUCCGGCGGAAGGGCGAUUGAGGGUGGUGUAUACUCCCUCUUACUUUCUCUUUACUCUAAGGAAGUUUGAUACGUAGAUGAGGUUCUAUGAGUUUUUUAGGUGUUAGGGUGUCCCUUUUUUCUGUCAGAAUGUUGAUUUCUAUCUCUGAUGUAGGUUUCUGAUUUUGCUGUUCUGGAGACUGGUAUUGUCAUUAGUUGGUUCUGGUAUAUCAUAAUCCAUAAAGUUUUGCUUGGUUUUGCUUGGUUGCAU